AUGGCGUCCUGGUUUUGGUCUCUGCGGAAGAACCCAGUAGAUGAGCUUGAACACCAAUACCAACCACUUUUGGUAGGUGGAGCGGUGUCGGCCGUUCCUUCCUCUUCAGCACAAAGAAAUGAAGACGGUCCCGACAGUGAGACUGCUUACAAAGCAACAAUUGAAGGCUCCCAACCGUUUGCAUCAUCAUCUGUGUCUGGCUCCAGCACCUUGCACGGCGCCGGCCUGAUCCUGAAGAAGCCCAAGCGGACAUGGCGGUCCAAUCUGUGGGACACGUUGGACAAGAGCCCGGAGGAGCGGCGGUUCCUGUUCAAGCUGGACACGGUGGUGCUGACGUUUGCGUCGCUGGGCUAUUUUAUCAAGAACCUGGACCAGUUGAACAUCAACAAUGCAUACGUGUCUGGCAUGAAGGACGACCUGGGGCUCUACGGCAACCAGCUCAACUACGCGAUCGCCAGCUGGACCGUGGGCUACGUGAUCGGCGAGGUGCCCAGCAACCUGAUCCUGACGCGCGUCCGGCCGUCGAUAUGGAUCCCGGCCUGCGAGGUGACCUGGUCGCUGCUGACGGCCGUGACGAGCCGGGUGACGAGCGCCGGCCAGCUGUACGCGCUGCGCUUCCUGAUCGGCCUGGCCGAGAGCAGCUUCUACCCGGGCAUGCAGUACGUCAUCGGCUCGUGGUACCGCAGCGACGAGCUGGCCAAGCGCUCGUGCAUCUUCCACGCCGCCGGCGCCGUCGGCUCCAUGUUCUCGGGCUACCUCAUGGCCGGCGUGCACGAACAUCUGGGCGGUGCCGAUGGCGGCACCUUGCUCGGACUCCGCAGCUGGCAGUGGCUCUUCGUGGCCGACACGUGCAUCUCGCUGCCCAUCGCGCUCGCUGGCUUCUUCUUGCUGCCCGACGUGCCCGAGAUCACGCGUGCCUGGUACUUUGACGCCGGCGAGAUCGCCAUGGCGCAGCGCCGCAUCGCGCUCGAGGGCCGCGCCAGCCGCGGCGCCUUUUCGCGCGCCAAGUUUCGCCGCAUCUUCUUCGACGGCUGGCACAUCUACGCGCUGACGGCACUCUAUGUUUGCUUUAAUAACGGGUCCGGCUUCGGCGGCCAGCCGGCCUUCCAGCUGUGGCUCAAGAGCGCCGGCUACGGCGUCUCGGCCAUCAACAUCUACCCGACCCUCACGUCGGUCGUCCAGGUCGUCAUGACGUUCGCCUAUGCCUGGACCUCGGAUGCGCUGCUCCGUGGCGCUCGCUGGCCGCCCAUCGUCUUCGCCGGCUGCCUCAACAUUGUCAUCUACACCAGCCUCGCCGUCUGGGACAUCCCCGUGGCCUGGAAGUGGACUUGCUUCCUGCUCACCGGCUGCGGCGCCGGCAUAUCCGGCCUCACGUACGCCUGGGCCCACGAGAUCUGCCGCGGCGACAACGAGGAGCGCGCACUCGUGACCGGCACCAUGAACGAGAUGGCCUACGUCUUCCAGGCCUGGCUGCCGCUGCUGGUCUGGCAGCAGGUCGACGCGCCCUACUAUCGCAAGGGCUUCGUGUCCAACAUCGUGCUCAGCGCGCUUCUCAUCGUCAUGGCAUUCCUGAUCCGGAACCUGCAUCAGAAGGAGAAGCGACAGAAUAAACUGACCGAGGACGACGACGAACAGGUCCAACUCGUCGUGUAG